CUCUUUUUUUUUUGCUGCUUUCACGUUACAACAGUCCGGAAAAAAAGGAAAAAAAAAAACAAAGAAAGAAAAAAAAAGAAGAAAGGAGAGGGGAAAAAAUACCGUUCGUGGAAUAAACUAUACAGCCCAGGACGGACAGGGGCAAAAAAGAUGGAAAACAUCCCGACUUACGAUGCCCUCCCGCCAGUGGAUGGAAUGCCGGCCGGCUGCGCGUGGGGCGUCUUUGACAAGCCUGGGGAGCCAAAGGACGUCUACGGGACGCUGAACCACCUCACGCCAGAGGUUGUCGCGGCGGCUGGUGCUGAGGUGCGGGAUGGGGUUUCGAUUUCUUUGAACUGGCCCCUGACGGCCCUCAACCACAUCCCCAUCCCCGGCCGGCGCAAGACGGUGCAUCACGUCCGCACGCUCGUCGAGCAGGGCAUGGUCAAGGAGGGCGCGACCGGGCUGGACGACGAGCUCGAGUUCAACACCCAGUCGAGCAGCCAGUGGGACAGCUUCGUGCACUGGGCGCACCAGCCGACGGGCGCAUCCUACAACGGCUUCAAAGCCACGCCCGACAACGUCGUGGCUUCCUCGGCCGCGCCUACAGUCGACAAGUGGCACGCCAGGGGCGGCGUCGUGGCCCGCGGCGUGCUGGUCGACUUUAAGCGCUGGGCCGACGCCAACGCCAAGGCGUAUCACCCGUUUGAUGCGUACAGGAUCACGGUCGAGGAUCUCGAGGAGGUCGCUGCGGCGCAGGGCGUCGAGUUCAAACCGGGGGAUGUGCUUUUGGUUCGUACCGGCGUGACGGAGGUCUGGGAGGCGCCGAGCGAGGAGGAUUUUGCAAAGAUCAUGCGCAGGACGAUAAGCGGUCUGCACGCGGUGGAGGAGACGGUGCGUUGGCUGUGGGAUCGGAGGUUCGCUGCCGUCGUGUGCGAUAACAACGCAGUCGAAGCCCUGCCCCCGCUGAAUGAGGAUGGGGACGUUGGGGAGAUGGAAGACCUUUUUCUCCACUCUCACUGCCUCGGCCUUCUCGGCAUGCCCUUGGGUGAGUUGUGGGAUCUUAACAAGCUGUCGGACCACUGCGCAAAGACGGGCCGUUACUCGUUUUUGUUGACGUCGGCCCCGCUGAACGCGGCUGGGCUGGUUGGAUCGCCUCCGAACGCGUUGGCGAUCUUUUAGAGAGGAGUUUACGGGCUUUAUCUUGAUAGUAGGAACCAAUACAGACUUUUCAGGCACCUGAUUUCCCAGGAUUUACGAUGUGGUUCGCCCAUUCUUGCCCACACUGGUCACUG